AGAACCAACCUGGCGGCAGCAGCAGCCGGUUCCGUUCAGUGGUUACUGGGGGAAGAUGGUGGACUUGGCGAUAGCAGCGUGUUCAAAACUCCGUCCUAAACACUUCGAAGAACACCUACCAUCUCAGCCAGGCGUUAGAUAUAAAUUACCCGGGGACAAUCACAGAUAAUACUUAGUGAAAACCGUUAAAGAGGGGCUUUUGUUUCCCGCCACAGUACUCUUCUUUUUUUCUCAUCAGAGGUUGGAGACACCGGAGUUUUAAAACGUGGUGCUCGGGUUUGGUGUGCUCCUAAAGGGCGCUAAGUAAACUUGGUGUCAAGACGAGUGUGAAUAAAAUGGUGACAUUUGUAUAGCUGUUAACCCUAGAGCGACAGUUUAACCUGCUUUUUAUCGGCUGCUGAAAUCAGAAAAUAUCGGCUUCGGGGGAAGCUAGCAGUAGCCGUGGGAGCUAGCUUUGUUGUGACCUGGAGUAUCUGAGAGCAGCUCGACAUGCCGCGGAGUAAAAAAGGGAAACGUGGCUCCAGUAAGCCGGGUUCUCUCUGCCAGGAAGUUCUUCAGCUGCAGCUUUCAGCUAAAGCAUCACCUAAACUUCCUAAAGGCAUGAAAAACGGGAUGAAGGCAGAAUCUGCAGCCAGUGACGAUGAGCUGACGUCUGAUAUUUUGAGCCACUACAGCAGCGCCAGUGAAACCACGUCGGUGAUGGAAGAAGGCACAGGGAGUGAGCAGGUGGAUGAGCAGACGGUGCAGGAGGAAACCGAAGACAAACUCAAACAGUGCAUAGACAACCUGAUGGACAAGAGUGCGAAGACGCGUCUCGCAGCUCUUGAGUCGCUGCGACAGGCUUUUUCUUCCAGGGUUUUAUACGACUUCUUGACUGAGAGACGCCUGACUGUGAGCGACUGUCUGGAAAGAAGUCUUAAAAAAGGCGGUGGGGAAGAGCAGGCAGCAGCAGCCACAGUUUUCGCUCUGCUGUGCAUCCAGCUGGAGGGUGGAGACGAGGCUGAGGAAGGUUUCAGAAUGCUUCGUCCCAUUCUCACCUCCAUCCUCAUCGACAACGGUGCCAGCGCAACAGCUCGCCAGAGUUGUGCGAGGGCUUUGGGGAUGUGCUGCUACGUCUCCACUGCUGAAGAAGGAGAAGACUUGGUCAAGUCAUUGGCUCUCCUAGAAAGUGUCUUCAUGUCUUCCUAUCCCAACAAAGAAGGAGCGCUGCCUUCCCCUAAACCAGGAAGCGCAGGUCUGCACAGCGCCGCCCUGCAGGCCUGGUCACUACUGGUCACCCUCUGUCCUGCUUCUAGGCUGACUGUUCUACUCGACCUUCACCUUUCUAAGCUGCAGGCCUGUCUUCAGAGCAGUGAUGUCAACUACAGAAUCGCAGUAGGAGAGACCAUCGCGCUGCUCGUAGAGUUGAGAAGAAACCUAGACGAAGAGUUUGAGAUAGACAACAGUCAAAGUCUCUGUGAAUGCUUGAAGAGCUUAGCCACCGACAGCAACAAACACCGAGCCAAGAACGACCGAAGGAAACAGCGUUCCAUCUUCAGGGAGGUGCUGCGUUACAUCGAGAAUAACGACUUUACAGAGGAGACGAUCAGGUUUGGAGUGGAGAAGGUUUACAUCGACAGCUGGAUGAGGAGGAGAAUCUACGAUGCCUUCAAGGAGAUCCUAGAAUCCGGAGUCAGGCACCAUCUACAGUUUAACCCACUACUGAGAGACAUCUUUGGCCUUGGAGCCCCUCUCAUCUUGGACGCUACCAUCAAAGGCAACAAGAUUUCUCGGUUUGAGAAGCAUCUUUUCAACUCUGCUGCCUUCAAAGCCAGAACUAAACAGAGGAACAAAGUCAGGGACAAACGCGCCGACGUCAUGUGAGGGAAAGACGAGGACGGAGCGACCGGAGAAGACGAGGAGCUCCUGGAUCUGAACAGAGAUGGACACAGAAAGAUGCCUUCAGCUCUUCACCUGUUGGACACACAAAGACUUCAGACAGUUUCAUUUCACCCUAACAUUCAUGGAGUUUCAUCUAUAAAUGUGAAAUAACUCACUGUAACAGUCUGAAUGGAUGCUCAGCCUAAUCGGCCGAGCCACUGGGUGAUUUAAAUUCUGGUAUCGUGUUAUUAAAUCUGGAGCCGAGUAAAAGUUAGUUUUUGUUCAAAGAGCCAAGGGAAUUUUCUGGAAAGUGUCUCUUCCUGAACAGAUGUAGAAUUCCUCACUUAUUCCAUCAAUAAUCCUGCAUUUUCACACCUCAAGAUGCUGCUUCAUCUGCCAAAAAAAGUUCAAACAAUGCAACCAUAAGGAAAACGUGUGUGGUGUUUGUGUGCGAGUGAGUUAUGAUGUUAAUAAAGAAUUAAAAUACUUGAUAAGGAACAACAAGAUGCCUAAUUAAAAGACAUUAAAUCAAAGAGUCAUUAUCUCUGUAUUGAUGUUUUUACAAAGGAAAUGUUUGUUUUACCAUUUCUGGUAAAUGUAUAUUUUAAUUUAUUAAGACACCCAUAAGAAGUGGUUUUUAAGAAACAAUGUUUUAAACCUGUUUACAAACAAUUCUUGGUAAAAAUGAUAUGUUCUUCAUGUAUUUUAAUGCAGAUUGAAAGGCUUAAAUAAUGUUUAUUUCAAAUAAACUGAAUUUAUGGAGA